AUGAGCAAAGACACCAUGAGUCUCUCUAGCGAGCAACCCCAGCCACGACUGCAACCAAAUUCCAACACCACGACACCAUCAACGCAAGCUCCGAUCCUCCAAGUCAACUUCUCCUGGCGAAAAUUCGAAUCCCUCGUCUCUGAGAAACGCCCAGGAGAUCAAUCACCCAAGCCCCUCUAUAUAGUAGACUACCACACCCUCAAACUCAAACCCAAACUCAUCUUCAAAUCCGCCACCGACAACCUCUCCACCUUCGGCCUCGGCGUCCUCCACCCCAUAUCCAUCAACUGCGACUGCGAGAUCCGCGGCAAGCCCGUCGAGCUCCAAGCCACCAGCCGCCUGAAGACGCAGUACAUGCACCUCUCUCACAACUUCUCCGACACAGACGAGCCCGUGCCCAUGACAUGGGCCAGCGCCUGUAGUUUCAAGACGUGGGAUUUCGUGUGUCUGGAUCAGAACCAGCAGCCUGUGGCGAAGUUCGCUGCGAAUGUGUGGGCUGUUAAGAAGUUGGGGAAUAUUGAGUUCUUGGGGUAG